AAGUAUCCCGUAAAUCGUAACACGCAUAAAUAGAGAACAACAUUCCCUGGCAGGGCAUAAGUCAGUUUGGUUGAUUGUCAAUGGAAACAAAUUGUGCAGAUGGGUCAUCUCCACAUAGUUCUGAAGAGGUCUUCUCCAGCGACAAAUCUUUGCAGAAUGAAAAAGGGGUUGAAUCCACGAGAGAGGGCAAUUGGUCGGACCUUACAGAACAGGCCCUCGUUGACAUAUUCUCAAGGUUGAAUUUGGGGGAGAGAUGGAAUAGAGCAUCUCCUGUAUGUAAAUCAUGGUUCAAGGCUUCCCGUGAUCCAUUUUUAUGGCAUGUUGUUGAUUUUGAACAGUAUUUUGGAAGGACAAGGGAAAAUGCUUUUUGGUGGACUGUAGAGUUUCAGAAAAAAAUUGAUAGAAUGGUGAAGAUUGCAGUGGAUUGCGGUGGUGGGAAUUUAAGGGAAUUGCAUGUUAGGCAUUGCUCUGACGAAUCGAUUGCUUAUAUGGCCCAAAGGUGUCCAAACAUUCAACGCCUCUCUAUUAAGACAUGUCAAAAUGUUACUGAUACAUCAGUGUGCCAAAUUGCUUCUGGCUGCUACAAAAUUGAGGAACUUGAUAUUAGCUAUUGUUACAAUAUAUCUCAUGCCUCUUUAGAAAAAAUAGGAGCCAACUGUAAAUAUUUGACUACCCUUAAGAGGAACAUGUUGAAUUCUCUAGAUCCCUCUGAACACAGGGAUGCCAUUCCUACUGAGUAUAUCAAUAUGGCUCCUUUGAGUGGAGAUGAUGAGGCUACUGUCUUUGCAAAAUAUAUGCCAAAUUUAAAACAUCUUGAAAUAAAAUUUUCUAAAUUGUCUCCAAAGGGAUUGAGGAUAUUAGUGGAUGGAUGCCCCAAUUUGGAACAUCUUGAUUUGUUUGGUUGUUUAAACCUUAGAAGCAGAGAAUUGGAUGAAGUGACAGCAAAUGCAAAGAAUCUAAAGGUAUUGAUUAAACCCAAUUUCUUUAUUCCCAGAGCAUCCUUUAAUGCAGAGAGGUAUGGGCAUUGGCAGUUGUAUGAUGAACGUUUCCAGACAAAUGCCUUUCAGAUAUAAAUUGGCAGUAUGGAAUGUCUUUUUUGGACAUUAAGCACAAAGUAAUUGUGUCAUGUACAAUAAAAGGUGAGUGGGUAUUUUGAAAUGUUGACACUUUUCUAACGUGUUGAACAUAACUUACAGACACAACCUGGUAAAGUGUAUAAUAUUGUUUUGUACAUGUGGUAAGUAUAAGAAAAAUGUGUUUCACUCGAAAGAGAGGACUACUAUUUCUAUUGUUAUGCUUUAUAAGGCAUGCAAACAUGUUGUAGUGAUGAUUUUAAGAAAUUUAAUAAUGAAUAGACAACUUACCUUUCUCUUGA